CCUGCUGCGCCUCGCCAUGGGCUGCUGCUACAGCAGCGAGGCCGAGGCCUCCGACCAGGAAGAAGAGACGAAGCGGCUGCUGGAGCCGGCGGCCAGCCCUCCCAACAAGGUGCUGAACGGAGCGGAGCAGAGCUACCACAACCUCCCGUCGGCGCGCACCGAUGAGCAGGCCAUGCUGUCCUCCAUCCUCGCCAAAACGGCCAUCAACAUCAUCGACGUGUCGGCAGCGGAUUCCCAGGGCAUGGAGCAGCACGAGUACAUGGACAGAGCCAGGCAGUACAGCACGCGCCUGGCCAUGCUGAGCAAUAACCUGACGCACUGGAAGAAGCUCCCGCUGCUGCCGUCUCUGACCAACCAACCGCACCAAGUGCUCGCCAGUGACCCCGUCCCCUUCGCAGACCUGCAGCAGGUGUCCCGGAUAGCUGCCUACGCCUUCAGCGCGCUCUCACAGAUCCGCGUCGACGCCAAAGAGGAACUGGUUGUACAGUUUGGCAUCCCCUGAGCCCGCCCCGCAGCACCACAGCUUCACCGGUUUCGGGUUGUUUUUUGGUGGGCUUUUUUCCCUUUUUUGUCUUUAUUUCCCCUCUCCUCCCUCCCCACAGCGCUGCGACAGAACUUGUACGGACACCCGGUUUCCUACUAAUCGCCAAGACGGCCGUCGCCGACGCGUCGGCUCCACCGCGGUACCCGCCGGCACUGUUCGGAGGCUUUCCCCUCCGGCUGGGUGGGUGGGUGUGCCUGGGGAGGGGGC